UCAAAUCUGAGAGUAUCCACUUUUUCAUCAUCUCAUCUCUGAGUCUGGGACAUAGGAGACUACCAAAAACUCUCCAAGAAAACAAUCCCAAAAAGACAUGGAGCAGGAGCAGGAGCAGGGACAAGACGCACCGCCGUCCACUUCUCCCACUUCGACACCGCCUCUUCUUCCUCCUCCUCCGUCAUCGUUGUCAUACGCGUUUUUCUUAACGAUUAUGAGCAAAAGGAGAACAUGGGUAUUUCUGUUUGUACUAGUUUACGCCAUUCUUUUAUCUUCUUCGUGGAAUUCCCUGAAAUCGAUACUUUCUUGGUACAAAAACCAAUCCCGAUCCUCUUCUCCUUCUUCCGGUUGGCCUGCCCUCUAUGCCUCCGUCCUCCUCGGUGCCGUUUUCGGGGUGCUUUCCAUGGCUGCGGCGCUGGCCGUCGUGGUGCCGGCCACUCUGGUCACCUGGAUUACUAUCGUGGUCUUGCUCGCUUUCUUUGGGAAACCGAAACGGACCUUGGUGCUCGAAGGAAGUAAAAUCACUAGAGAAAUCGCUAGCUUCGUGUUCAAGAUUUUGUUGAAGGAAGGGAACCUUGUGGCUGCUGUUUGUGCCGUUUUGGGUUACUUCGCACUCGUCAGGAAGAACUCCGGUGAGUGAUUUGAGGCCUUAUUUUAGCUGGAGAUUGUAGAUUUUUCAUUUUAGUUUUUUUUUUGUUUAAUUCGAAUUAGUUUAGGCAUUACCAAAAGCAAAGACAUGCCUUUUAUUACAGGACUAUGUAACAGUUAUUACCCCUGUUCUUGUUGGUUCUCCGUAUAAAAGUACUCGCGAGCUGUUGGAGCUACACAUCACCACUCUGGUGUUGCAGAUGACAAACGGAUCGAACUUCCUUGGCGUGAUUGCAGCUCUUUCUGCAAUGGCAUUCUCCUCAUAACUCCCAUACUUAGAACACGGUCUUAGGUUUUAUAAAGGGUGUUGGUCGAGAGCGUUGUGGUCGAGUUAAGUCUCAGGGGCUAGCCAUGUGCAUCGCUGCACAAUAGAUGAACCA